UGCGAGGCGGAGCCCGGAGGCGGGCGGGCGGAGAGCGGGAGAGUCGGUGCGCCUGUCGGCCGUGACCGCCGCCAUGGAGCCGUUCUCGGGUAUCCCCACGGUCGUCGCGUUGGCCGCGGUGGCCGCGACGGCGCUGCUGCUGCUGCUGCUGAGAGGGGCGGGGCGGGGGCCGGGCCGCCCUGUCACGCUGCGGGACCCGCAGGCCAAAUACCCGUUGCCGCUGGUGGGCAAAGAGGAGAUCAGCCAUGACACUAAGAAAUUCCGGUUUGGGCUCCCUUCACCAGAUCAUGUCUUAGGAUUACCCGUAGGCCAACACGUUUACCUUUCUGCAAAAAUCAAUGGCAAUCUGGUGAUCCGAGCCUAUACCCCAGUUUCCAGUGAUGAGACAAAAGGUUAUGUUGAUUUGAUUAUAAAGGUUUACUACAAAAAUGUGAAUCCUAAGUUCCCAGAAGGUGGGAAGAUGUCCCAGUACCUAGACAACAUGAAGAUUGGAGAUGUUAUUGACUUCAGGGGGCCAAAUGGAUUGCUUGUCUACAAGGGGUCAGGUACCUUUCUGAUCAAGCCUGAUAAGAAGUCUGAAGCACAGAAGAAGUUUGCAAAGCAUGUGGGGAUGAUAGCUGGGGGAACAGGAAUAACCCCUAUGUUGCAGCUGAUCCAUCAUAUCACAAGUGAUCCUAAGGACUCUACAAAAUGUUACCUUCUUUUUGCUAAUCAGACAGAAAAGGAUAUAUUGCUCAGAGCUGAGCUAGAAGACAUUGCUAAGAAGCAUCCUGAUCAGGUCACGCUCUGGUAUACACUGGACAAGCCUCCACAAGAUUGGAAGUACAGUUCUGGCUUUGUCACUGCAGACAUGAUUAAAGCCCACCUCCCUUCUCCUGGCAGUGAGACGCUCAUUCUUAUGUGUGGGCCACCACCUAUGAUUCAGUUUGCAUGUCAGCCUAACCUGGACAAACUCAGCUAUCCCAAGAGCAUGACAUUUUCUUAUUAACAGUGAUGUCAUCCAGCUCUUUUUCUUAAAUUUUCUUGAUUCCUUUUGGACUCUUUCUGUUUUCUGGAGACAGUGGAGACUGUGGACCUGAAUCCAUUCCCAAAGAAAGAGGUGAAAGAUCAUCUGAAACUACUGUACCGUCCAUGUUCUCUGUUUCUCCUGGGUUAACAACAAUAAUUGUCAAUAAUUAGUACAAAAUGUGACAGGGUUGUUAUACGGCAGACUAAUACUUAAAUUAAAAAAUAUAAUAAAGUACAGAUAGCUAUAAAAAUGUUCUUGUAUAAAAAUAAUCUUAAAAAAAAAAAAAGAGUAGUUGUACCUUUGAUACAAGAAAACGGUAUUAUAAUAUUGUAAUUUCAGUGUAUUUUAAAACCUUAAUUCCUGAUCUUGAUCUGCUGUUGCGUUUCCUAUUUUUAAUACCAAAAUUCAUCCAUCAAAAUCAGUGGGAAUUUUACUGUUGACUUCAGUGAAAGUAAAAUAAGACCAAGAAUAAAUAUCUUUAAAAAAAAAAAAAAAAGUCCCAUCUGAAUGCUAUACAGCUAAAGAUUUUCUUUCAUUUCAGUAUUACACUUAAGGAGUUCAGUCUGGAUUGCCCACUCAGUGUCAGUAUUUUACAGAGAAGACGAAGGGAGGGAAAAAGGAAAGGAAAAAAUAAGCAGCAAAAUUCACGUUAAAAGUUGCAUCUUGUUUGGAUACGAUACCUAGCACGGGUGCACUGACACUCCUGAUGCGAUCUUCCAGUCCCAAGAAGCAGAAAGUCAGAUGAAGAAGCAAAGAAGAUAUAAAUCACCAGCAAAAUAAAGUUACAGAAGAGCAAAGUGGUAAGCUAGUAGUAAGCUAGAGUAAGUAGUAAGCUAUUAAAAGCAGAAACAAAAAGAAAAGAAGCUGUUAUGCUUGACAUCAAAGGGAUUGUGCAUUGGUGUGCACAAGCCCCAGGAAUCCUGGACCAGUCAAAGAGAUAGGAAUGAUCAUUUAUAUUUCAUCAAUUCUUUGGCAACUGUAACACAUCAAGCAUAUACUACUGAAAUAAACAAUGUCUAAAACCACAUCAAAUUUCUGUGAAAUACAGAACUGGAGGUAUAAUGAGUUUACUGCAUGUGGAAGAAACAAACCAGACUCUGGUAAUUCAGUGCUUUUUAAGAACUCAUUGCUUGUUUCUAGAAUAACAUUCUGCUUUACAAGAUUCCCCAUCCUUUGAUCCUGCAUGUAAAAGACCUAAUAGCAUGGCCAAUAAAUUAUCUGCUGACUAUUAA